UAACAGACAGUGGGUACCAUCGAGUGAGUGUCAGAACAGAAAGCUAAGACACAAACAGAGAGGAUGCUGUGGUCAUCCUUUCUUGUUUUUUCUUCUUUGGUGAGAAUUGAACAUAUGUGAGAUUUUUAUUUUCUGUUCUAGUAAAAAUUCUGAAGAAUUGCACUGGAGACUAUUAUAUUCAACACAUACAUGGAUUCUGUGCUAUGAUUUACAAUUCUCUUUAUUUCAGCAUGAUGGAAUUUUAGCUGCAGUCUUCUUGGGGCCAGCUUAUCAAUCCCAAACUGAGUGUAAAAGACUCUGCAGGGCACUUUCUUAUGCAAGGAGCAAAACAGUGAUUAAAGAAGCAGGAUGAAAAGAUGGCACAGUCAGUGCUGGUACCGCCAGGACCUGACAGCUUCCGCUUCUUUACCAGGGAAUCCCUUGCUGCUAUUGAACAACGCAUUGCAGAAGAGAAAGCUAAGAGACCCAAACAAGAGCGCAAGGAUGAGGAUGAUGAAAAUGGUCCAAAGCCAAAUAGUGACUUGGAAGCAGGAAAAUCUCUUCCAUUUAUUUAUGGAGACAUUCCUCCAGCGAUGGUGUCAGAGCCUCUGGAGGACCUGGACCCCUACUAUAUCAAUAAGAAAACAUUUAUAGUAUUGAAUAAAGGGAAAGCAAUCUCUCGAUUCAGUGCCACCCCUGCCCUGUACAUUUUAACUCCCUUCAACCCUAUUAGAAAAUUAGCUAUUAAGAUUUUGGUACAUUCUUUAUUCAAUGUGCUCAUUAUGUGCACUAUUCUUACCAACUGUGUAUUCAUGACCAUGAGUAACCCUCCAGACUGGACAAAGAAUGUGGAGUACACUUUUACAGGAAUUUAUACUUUUGAGUCACUUAUUAAAAUACUUGCAAGGGGCUUUUGUUUAGAAGAUUUCACAUUUCUACGAGAUCCAUGGAACUGGUUGGAUUUCACGGUCAUUACUUUUGCAUAUGUGACAGAGUUUGUGGACCUGGGCAAUGUCUCAGCGUUGAGAACAUUCAGAGUUCUCCGAGCAUUGAAAACAAUUUCAGUCAUUCCAGGCCUGAAGACCAUUGUGGGGGCCCUGAUCCAGUCCGUGAAGAAGCUUUCUGAUGUCAUGAUCCUGACUGUGUUCUGUCUGAGUGUGUUUGCACUAAUAGGACUACAGCUGUUCAUGGGCAACCUGCGGAAUAAAUGUUUGCAAUGGCCUCCAGAUAAUUCUUCCUUUGAAAUAAAUAUCACUUCCUUCUUUAACUACUCAUUGGAUGGGAAUGGCACUACUUUCAAUAGGACAGUGAGCAUGUUUAACUGGGAUGACUAUAUUGAAGAUCAAAGUCACUUUUAUUUUUUGGAAGGGCAGAAUGAUGCUCUGCUUUGUGGCAACAGCUCAGAUGCAGGUCAGUGUCCUGAGGGAUAUAUCUGUGUGAAGGCUGGCAGAAACCCCAACUAUGGCUACACAAGCUUUGACACCUUUAGUUGGGCCUUUUUGUCUUUAUUUCGUCUCAUGACUCAAGACUUCUGGGAAAACCUUUAUCAGCUGACACUACGUGCUGCUGGGAAAACAUACAUGAUAUUUUUUGUGCUUGUCAUUUUCUUGGGCUCAUUCUACCUUAUAAAUUUAAUUCUGGCUGUGGUGGCCAUGGCCUAUGAGGAACAGAAUCAGGCAACACUGGAAGAGGCCGAACAGAAAGAAGCUGAAUUUCAGCAGAUGCUUGAACAGUUAAAAAAGCAACAAGAAGAAGCUCAGGCAGCAGCUGCGGCAGCUUCUGCUGAAUCAAGAGACUUCAGUGGUGCUGGCGGGGUAGGAGUUUUCUCAGAGAGUUCUUCAGUAGCAUCCAAGUUGAGCUCCAAGAGUGAGAAAGAGCUGAAAAACAGAAGAAAGAAAAAGAAACAGAAAGAACAGUCUGGAGAAGAAGAGAAGGAUGACAGAGUCCGAAAAUCUGAAUCUGAAGAUAGCAUAAGAAGAAAAGGUUUCCGUUUUUCUUUAGAAGGAAGUAGGCUGACAUAUGAAAAGAGGUUUUCUUCUCCACACCAGUCUUUAUUGAGCAUCCGUGGCUCCCUUUUCUCUCCAAGACGCAACAGUAGGGCGAGCCUUUUCAGCUUCAGAGGUCGAACCAAGGAUAUAGGCUCCGAGAAUGACUUUGCUGACGAUGAGCACAGCACCUUUGAGGACAAUGACAGCCGAAGAGACUCUCUGUUCGUGCCUCACAGACCUGGAGAAAGGCGCCACAGCAACGUCAGCCAGGCCAGCCGUACCUCCCGGGUGCUCCCCAUUCUGCCCAUGAACGGGAAGAUGCACAGCGCUGUGGAUUGCAAUGGUGUGGUCUCCCUGGUGGGGGGUCCUUCUACCCUCACAUCUCCUGCUGGGCAGCUCCUGCCAGAGGGUACCACUACUGAAACGGAAAUAAGAAAGAGGCGAUCCAGUUCUUAUCAUGUUUCCAUGGAUUUGCUGGAGGAUCCUACAUCAAGACAAAGAGCAAUGAGUUUAGCCAGUAUUUUGACCAACACCAUGGAAGAACUUGAAGAAUCCAGACAGAAAUGCCCACCUUGUUGGUAUAAAUUUGCUAACAUGUGUUUGAUUUGGGACUGUUGUAAACCAUGGUUAAAAGUAAAACACCUUGUCAACCUGGUUGUGAUGGACCCAUUUGUUGACCUGGCCAUCACCAUCUGCAUUGUCUUGAAUACUCUCUUCAUGGCCAUGGAGCACUAUCCUAUGACGGAGCAGUUCAGCAGUGUGCUGUCUGUUGGGAACCUGGUCUUCACAGGGAUCUUCACAGCAGAAAUGUUUCUCAAGAUAAUUGCCAUGGAUCCAUAUUAUUACUUUCAAGAAGGCUGGAAUAUUUUUGAUGGUUUUAUUGUGAGCCUUAGUUUAAUGGAACUUGGUUUGGCAAACGUGGAAGGAUUGUCAGUUCUCCGAUCAUUCCGGCUGCUCCGAGUCUUCAAGUUGGCAAAAUCUUGGCCCACUCUGAAUAUGCUGAUAAAGAUUAUUGGUAAUUCAGUAGGGGCUCUGGGGAACCUUACCCUGGUGUUGGCCAUCAUCGUGUUCAUUUUUGCGGUGGUCGGCAUGCAGCUCUUUGGUAAGAGCUACAAAGAAUGUGUCUGCAAGAUCUCCAAUGACUGUGAACUCCCACGCUGGCACAUGCAUGACUUCUUCCACUCCUUCCUGAUUGUCUUCCGAGUGCUGUGUGGCGAGUGGAUAGAGACCAUGUGGGACUGUAUGGAGGUUGCUGGCCAAACCAUGUGCCUUACUGUCUUCAUGAUGGUCAUGGUGAUCGGAAACCUUGUGGUUCUGAACCUCUUCUUGGCCUUGCUUUUGAGUUCCUUCAGUUCUGACAAUCUUGCUGCCUCUGAUGAUGAUAAUGAAAUGAACAAUCUCCAAAUUGCUGUGGGACGGAUGCAGAAAGGAAUCGAUUUUGUUAAAAGAAAAAUACGUGAAUUUAUUCAGAAAGCCUUUGUUAGAAAACAGAAAGCUUUAGAUGAAAUUAAACCUCUUGAAGAUCUAAAUAACAAGAAAGACAGCUGUAUUUCCAAUCAUACCACCAUAGAAAUAGGCAAAGAUCUCAAUUAUCUCAAAGAUGGAAAUGGAACUACUAGUGGCAUAGGCAGCAGUGUAGAAAAGUAUGUCGUGGAUGAAAGUGAUUACAUGUCAUUUAUAAACAACCCUAGCCUCACUGUGACAGUACCAAUUGCUGUUGGAGAAUCUGACUUUGAAAAUUUAAAUACUGAAGAAUUCAGCAGCGAGUCAGAUAUGGAGGAAAGCAAAGAGAAGCUAAAUGCGACUAGUUCAUCUGAGGGCAGCACAGUGGAUAUAGGAGCUCCCGCUGAGGGGGAACAACCUGAGGUGGAACCUGAAGAGUCCCUUGAACCUGAAGCCUGCUUUACAGAAGACUGUGUACGGAAGUUCAAGUGUUGCCAGAUAAGCAUAGAAGAAGGCAAAGGGAAACUCUGGUGGAAUGUGAGAAAAACUUGCUAUAAGAUAGUGGAGCACAAUUGGUUUGAAACCUUCAUUGUCUUCAUGAUUCUGCUGAGUAGUGGCGCUCUGGCCUUUGAAGAUAUAUAUAUUGAGCAGCGAAAAACCAUUAAGACCAUGUUAGAAUAUGCUGACAAGGUUUUCACAUAUAUAUUUAUCCUGGAAAUGCUGCUAAAGUGGGUUGCAUACGGUUUUCAAGUGUAUUUUACCAAUGCCUGGUGCUGGCUAGACUUCCUGAUUGUUGAUGUCUCAUUGGUUAGCUUAACUGCAAAUGCCUUGGGUUACUCAGAACUUGGUGCCAUCAAAUCCCUCAGAACACUAAGAGCUCUGAGGCCCCUGAGAGCCUUAUCCCGGUUUGAAGGAAUGAGGGUUGUUGUAAAUGCUCUUCUAGGAGCCAUUCCUUCCAUAAUGAAUGUACUUCUGGUUUGUCUGAUCUUUUGGCUAAUAUUCAGUAUCAUGGGAGUGAAUCUCUUUGCUGGCAAGUUUUACCACUGUAUUAACUACACCACUGGAGAGAUGUUUGAUGUAAGCGUGGUCAACAACUACAGUGAAUGUAAAGCCCUCAUAGAGAGCAAUCAAACUGCCAGGUGGAAAAAUGUGAAAGUUAACUUUGAUAACGUGGGACUCGGAUAUCUUUCGUUGCUUCAAGUAGCCACAUUUAAGGGAUGGAUGGAUAUCAUGUAUGCAGCUGUUGACUCAAGAAAUGUAGAAUUACAACCCAAGUAUGAAGACAAUCUAUACAUGUAUCUUUAUUUUGUCAUCUUUAUUAUUUUUGGCUCAUUCUUUACCCUGAAUCUUUUCAUUGGUGUCAUCAUAGAUAACUUCAACCAACAGAAAAAGAAGUUUGGAGGCCAAGACAUUUUUAUGACAGAAGAACAGAAGAAAUACUACAAUGCAAUGAAAAAACUGGGCUCAAAGAAACCACAAAAACCCAUACCUCGACCUGCUAACAAAUUCCAAGGAAUGGUCUUUGAUUUUGUAACCAAACAAGUCUUUGAUAUCAGCAUCAUGAUCCUCAUCUGCCUCAACAUGGUCACCAUGAUGGUAGAAACUGAUGACCAGAGUCAAGAAAUGACAAACAUAUUGUACUGGAUUAAUUUGGUGUUUAUUGUCUUGUUCACUGGAGAAUGUGUGUUGAAACUAAUCUCUCUUCGUUAUUACUAUUUUACCAUCGGAUGGAAUAUUUUUGAUUUUGUGGUGGUCAUUCUCUCCAUUGUAGGUAUGUUUCUCGCUGAGCUAAUAGAAAAGUAUUUUGUGUCCCCUACCCUGUUCCGAGUGAUCCGUCUUGCCAGGAUUGGCCGAAUCCUUCGUCUGAUCAAAGGAGCAAAGGGGAUCCGCACAUUGCUCUUUGCUUUGAUGAUGUCCCUUCCCGCGUUGUUUAACAUUGGCCUCCUGCUCUUCCUGGUCAUGUUCAUCUACGCCAUCUUUGGAAUGUCCAACUUUGCCUAUGUUAAGAGGGAAGUUGGAAUCGAUGACAUGUUCAACUUUGAGACCUUUGGCAACAGCAUGAUCUGCCUGUUUCAAAUUACCACCUCUGCUGGCUGGGAUGGGUUACUAGCACCUAUUCUCAACAGUGGACCUCCCGACUGUGAUCCUGAAAAAGAUCACCCUGGAAGCUCAGUCAAGGGAGACUGUGGGAACCCAUCUGUUGGGAUUUUCUUUUUUGUCAGUUACAUCAUCAUAUCCUUUCUGGUUGUGGUGAACAUGUACAUUGCCGUCAUCCUGGAGAACUUCAGUGUUGCCACUGAAGAAAGUGCAGAGCCCCUGAGUGAGGAUGACUUUGAGAUGUUCUACGAGGUUUGGGAAAAGUUUGAUCCUGAUGCCACCCAGUUCAUAGAGUUCGCCAAACUGUCUGACUUUGCAGCUGCCCUGGAUCCUCCUCUUCUCAUAGCGAAGCCAAACAAAGUCCAGCUCAUUGCCAUGGAUCUGCCCAUGGUCAGUGGUGACCGGAUCCACUGCCUCGACAUUCUAUUUGCUUUUACAAAGCGUGUUUUGGGUGAGAGUGGAGAGAUGGAUGCCCUUCGAAUCCAGAUGGAAGAAAGGUUCAUGGCAUCGAACCCCUCCAAAGUCUCUUACGAGCCCAUUACAACCACUUUGAAACGCAAGCAAGAGGAGGUGUCUGCUAUUAUUAUCCAGAGGGCUUACAGACGCUACCUCUUGAAGCAAAAAGUGAAAAAGGUUUCAAGUAUAUAUAAGAAAGACAAAGGCAAAGAAGGUGAUGGAACACCUAUCAAAGAAGAUACUCUCGUUGAUAAACUCAAUGAGAACUCAACUCCAGAGAAAACCGAUAUGACGCCUUCCACCACUUCUCCACCUUCAUAUGAUAGUGUGACCAAACCGGAAAAAGAGAAAUUUGAAAAAGACAAAUCAGAAAAGGAAGACAAGGGGAAAGAUAUCAGGGAAACACUUCACAAAAUAAGAAACGAGGACUAAGAUGCAGUAUAGCUUUCUGCUCUUUUUUUAAAAUUAGUACUGUAAACUUGCACACAUUUCCAUGUGAAACAAAUCUAAGACUGAAUCCAAUGUUUAUUUGCUUUCAAAUAGUAAUGCCUUGUCAUUGAAAGAGGCUUAAGGAAAAUAGGUUGAUAUUCUUGACAUUGCUUGAAUCAGAUGUUUCCACCUAGUCUUUUUAUUCAGUAAUCAUCAGUCUUUUCCAAUGUUUGUUUACACAGAUAGAUCUUAUUCUUACUGACCCAUAUGGCACUAGAAUUGUAUCAGAUGUAAUAUGGGAUCCCAGCUUUUUUUCCCCCAUCACAAAACCAGAUAGUGAAGUUAUAUUACCAGCUACAGCAAAAUAUUUUGUGUCUCACAAGCAACAACAAAUGUAGAUUCUUUAUACUAAAACUAUUGACUUGUAGUGUGUUGGUGAAAUGCAUGCAGGAAAAUGCUAUUACCAUAAAGAACGGUAAACCACAUUACAAUCAAGCCAAAAGAAUAAAGGUUUUGCUUUCGUUUUGUAUUUAAUUGUUGUCUUUGUUUCUAUCUUUGAAAUGCCAUUUAAAGAUAAAUUUCUACAAUGUAAAAAUUAUCUGGAAAAAUAAAUGUAAAGAAUACUCAUGAAAUAUAAUAACUCAUCUUUAAAUUUUUUCAUGGAAUGGAAACUAAUUAAGAAGAGUGUAUUGGUUAACUAAUAUUGGCCAAAAACCGAGAUAUGGUAUCAGGUAGAGUAGUGGAAAGUUACAAAAGUUAAUAAAAAAUUGACUAACGUUUUAA